AUGUUAUUCAACACCAUCACGCUUUUGCUCUCAUGGGCUUCCGCUCCUGCUUUAGCACUUGCAAAUCCACCACACCAGAAACCAGAAGCAUUUUCUUCUGGAAAAGAAACAACCGUUCGCCUUCUUUACGAAUACCCACUCGGAACAUUCGUCGAGGCUAUCGCAGUUCGCCCUAAUGGCGAGCUUCUUCUUACACUGCCUUAUAAUUCUUCAGUCCAUAGCAUUGACCCCCUGUACUCAAACUAUACCCCGAAAGUUGUGCAUGACUUCGAUGGCCUCACCAUAUUUGGCAUCACCGAGUAUGAUCGUGAUAUCUACGCCGUAAAUGGUGGCGGCUUCUCUUCGAGUACAGGUCCAGUCAUUGGCACUUAUCGUGUCGAUUCUUUAAAUUUAACGCAGACCACAGCAACGUCGUCCACCAUUGCAAACAUUUCUUCAGACCCCAUCUCCGGCAAAUAUUUCAUUGCCAUCAACAACACCUACACACAGGCACAUCAACACACCAACCUUGGGGCUGUAGGCGUUAACGGCAUCAAAACUGAAGACGGAAUGGCUUACCUCACCAAUACAGGUCUAGGCAUGCUUGUACGUUUUCCCAUCCACGAAAACGGCACAGAAGUUACAGGUGGAGCAGUUGAAAUCUUGUCCCACGAGGCAAACUCUACUUGGUUCUACGACGAUUUUGCGCUCCGCGACACCAUUGCUUAUAUUACGACUGGCUCUGGAAAUUCUAUCGAGCGCGUGGUUGCGCCUGCGGUAGAUUCACGGGGUCCGAUUACUUCCGAGAUUAUGGCAGGUAGUCUCAAUUCUACGAUUGUAGCAGGACCAACAGCUGCGGCUUUUGGACUCACGCCAUGGGAUAGUCAUAUCUUGUAUGUUACUACAAGUGGGGCGUCGAAUGUACCUGUGAACGGGAGGGUUAGGAUUGGCGCACAGGUGCUGGCUAUUGAUACCAAAUUAUGCUCAUGGUCUUAG